CAAAAUGGUGAGUGAAGCUUGCUUUCGAUACCAGUUUGCUUCACUCUGCCUUUCCUUUCCCUUCAUAGCCCAAACCCUAAACGCCGUUGGUUAUUCCCGCCGGCAACCAUUUCAGUGGCUUCUUCCGCCGUCGCCGCUCAUUGCCAGUGCUCCAUUUUCUGAUCAGGAAGAAUGAGGCCUACAAUGAUGCUUAGGGCUCUAACCAAGCAGUUUCUUGGAAUUGUAGGCGAUGCAGCAAACACUGUUGCUAAGAAGCCCCCCCUGCCUCCUCCUCUGGUGUCACGCAAACCUGCUUUCAUUGAUGCAUUCUUGUACAAGAUGAAGAAGAACCCAAAUCUUUUGUCGAACAAGACCAUUUGGUCACGGAGAUCCACUAUCUUGCCAGAAUUUGUUGAUACCACUGUCAAGAUUUACAAUGGGAAAACCACUAUUCGUUGUAGGAUCACUGAGGGAAAAGUGGGUCAUAAGUUUGGAGAGUUUGCUCUCACCAGGAAACGCAAGACCAGAGAACAAGCCAAUGCCAAAAAUGUUAAACAACUUAAGAAAAAGAAGUGAUAUUUAUCUUCUGUACUUUUGGACAAAAAUAAUUUUGCAGAUAUUUUAUUUUCUGCAAUUAUUUACAUCAAUCUGUAUGUUUCUUAGGUUCUCUAGAUUGUAUUUGAAGACCUAAUAGUUUUCCCUGUGAGAAUAUUGGCAACAAGGAUUUUGAUGAAAUUUGACCGUGAUUGCAGUUGAAUCGCUUCUUUGACUA